AUGACUAAGAAAGUACUCGUCGGCUAUGGCAUUGACGUCGACGCUGUUUCUGGAUGGAUCGACACAAAGGAUGGAUCGUCUGCUGACCCGGUGGACAUAUCCCGGGGGAUCUUUGGGGCUGUCGUUGGGAUUGAUCGGUUGUUGAAGCUCUGGGAUAGGUACAAGAUCAAGGCAUCUUGGUACGUCCCUGCACACAGCGUUGAAUCAUUCCCAAAGCAGAUCGCGAAGAUCCGGGACGCUGGCCAUGAAAUCGGCCUCCAUGGUUACACUCAUGAGUAUGUGUCAGGGCUUUCAGAGCAACAGGAGCGCGAUGUCCUCCAGAAGUCCAUUCAAGUGCUUACAGACUUCACGGGCAAGAAACCGCGAGGCUGGACCGCACCGGCAUGGACCAUGUCUCCACGUUCUAUUCACUUGCUGGAAGAGAUGGGCAUUGAAUACGACCACAGCUCCAUGCACCAUGACUGCCUUAUAUCACGGACGCCCUUCAGCAACUACAGCGUCAAGACAACGGGCUACAAGGCGCAAAAGCAACCGGCAUCUCCGUCUUCAGAUGCGCCCUCAGCUGCGACCUGGAUGACACCCAUGCUUGCGCCCCAGCUGUCAAGUGUUGUCACCGUCCCGGCGAACUGGCACCUAGACGAUUGGCCCCCUUUCCAACCUGGGGAUGGCGGUAGUGAUGGCUUCGUCGACCCCAAUGUCCUGGAAAAUAUUUGGAAAGAGCAUUUUCUGUACUUCUACGAAGAAUAUGACGAAUUUGUGUUUCCCCUGAGUAUCCAUCCUCAGGUCAGUGGGAAACCACAUGUGCUGAGGAUGCAUCAGCGGAUGAUCGAGUGGAUCAAUACAUUCCAAGGUGUAGAGUGGUGCACCUUUGGCGAGAUGGUGGAUCAGUACAAGAAGGGUGAGAUCAAGGGGUUUGAUAUGGAAGCUGCGCUCGGAAUGGGAACACCUCGACAGUAG